AUGGGUGGAGCAGAUUUACAAAAGAGAUUAGUCAAAAGGAUUCGCGAAGUCUCACCUCGUCAAAGAAAACAACAAUAUACGCAAUGCAGCGACAUGAUGAAUGUCGUGUCAUCACCGCCAUCAUCAUCAUCAUUAUCGUCGCGAGCAUUUCUGUCGUUGUAUCGAUUCAUUAAAUUCGUCGCUGCAACAGCCGCUAGUCGCUGGCGCUUGACGCAGGCAACAGCUGUGGCAAAAUGA